AUGGCAGCGUCAGCAGUGAAGUUCCAUUCGAAAUACUUGGCAGAUCUGGAGGAACACAAACACGUGCUUUGGCCUCAUCCGACAAGCCGGCUUAUCGUUGCCCCGGAAAGAUGCAUGCACGACGGGCACAUGAUCUUGUUCGAAGCUCCUGCAUUUGUCUCCCUAAGGAAACGGUAUCCGAUGAUUACCACGCCAGUGAUCCUCAAAGCUGCGCUAGCAUUAAUGAUCAUCUUACAUACCAACCAUACACAUGCAGUGUUUCUGAAUCUUGAAGCCCAGAGGGCAAGGCUACCAUUCCUUCGGGAUGGGUUUCCAUUUGUGUCUGCCAAUGAGGCUGCAGAUGUAUCUGGACCCACAUUUGGAGGGGUUCUCAAUUUGGUGAAAUUUCAACCGACACAGACGGUGCUUGAGUACCUGCUUAGGAUCCGAGAAGAUCAGGACAGCCUUACAAAGUAUGCAACUGUUCCAUGGCAUGAACUAUCUCGGCAGACUGGCCAUUCCAUGGAAGGGACACUGCCUAGAGUCGCAGAAUCGGUGAUCUUCAACUGGAUGCCCGGGCUUGGACCUGCAGCUUUGGGAGAAAACCCAUAUCGUCAUAUGACAGUCAAACAGACGCACAUCCGAACCAAGCUUGGCAUGCUCGCAAAUGCUGGAGCUGGAGGUAUAGAUGGCAGUCAAAUUCUUAUUUUUCUACAGGGUGCUGUAGCAAACAUGUCCACGUUAUGGGUGGAGCGUACUGCGCAAGAAAUGAAAAGCAUCGCGUUGUGGUUGGGAAAUGAAGAUUCAUUGCAAAUUCAGGUCGGGGAAUUCACGAAGCAUAUUCCCUAG